AUGGACCCCAACUUCCUCAAGAACCUCGACUACUUCGCCGUCCCCAACAAUCAAACCACAAACUCCGCCGAACAAACCGCGGAGUGCUUCCAGGAAUGCGCCCGAUACGUCUCUUUGGGAGUCCCUAGGGGCGACCAAACAAACUCCGAGUCAACGUCUAACGGUCCUUCCGGGUCGCUGCCGUCCUUUGCUCAGGCGUCGCCUGGCAACACGAACUUUGGCCUGGGCCCCAUGCCAGCUCAGAUGCAGUUCGGUAACGGCCAGUCAAGGAAUACCGGCCUGCCGAACAGAGCUGCGCCAGGUCAGGACUCACGGCGGAGAGAUGGCCAUGCGCGCAAGCGCACCAAGGUCGAUUCCGAGGCCGCCGCGCUGGAAUCUGUUGACUACUGGAUCCAAUUCGACGAUGAUGAGGAGCAGAAGCUUGGCGGUAGCUUCGAGAUUGAUUUUUCGAGGCGUAGCAAUCCGACUCCGAACUACCGGCCAAGACCGGCUGCAAAUCGUCUGAACCCGAUGUCCACGACACCUGGUCUGGGCACCGGAUUGUACACCAACCCUGUAUUUAAGCCAGAGGACUUUAUGGACGAUACCGCUCUCGACAAUGCUCUGUCGGAUGAUGAGGAUUUUCUGGAGUCGAUGAACCUCGGCGACCAACUUGGGAAGAUUGAUUCUCAACCACCCCAGGAGGUGCCUCCCAGAGAGGGUCUUUACUCGACGCCCCUGAGUUGGGAAAAGCCAGCACCGGGGUUGAGGAUGAACCCUCUCUUCGGAAUGGGCGGCAUGGGCGGCAUGGGCGGCAUGGUUGCGCCCAUGCUUGACCCUGAACAGCGACGGUUGCUGGCGAUAGCCCUCAAUACCGGCGGCCGCUCAUCAGCAACCGGUCUGGGCUCUAGCAUGGGGUUCGGGGUUGGAGCAGAUCUGGGCCCGGAGUUUGCGAGCCUGGAAAAUUCCGACGCCAACAUGGCCACAGGGAACCUGAACGACAUUGCUAAAGGCCCCGACCAGUCGGCUCUUGAUAAGGGCAAACAGAAAGAAAAGGCACCUGUAAAGGAGGAAGCCCAAUCGCAACGGCCGCAAGUAUCGCGCACUAAUACCAAUGCCACUGGCGUAUCGGAAAAGUCCAAAGAUAAGGCGAAGGCAGGUGACCGAACAGCACACAACGACAUCGAGAGGAAAUAUCGUACCAAUCUCAAAGACAGAAUUUCGGAGCUGCGCGACGCAAUUCCGUCACUCAAGUCAAUACCCGAGGAAGGGGGCGAAGAUGCUGAGGCAGACAGCCAAUCGCAGCGUGGCCCUAAAGUCAGCAAGGGUACCGUCCUUACAAAGGCUACUGAAUACAUCCACUACCUAGAAAGAAGAAACAAGGCCAUCAUGCGUGAGCACCAGGAACUAGCGAGGCGCCUACAAGCCUUUGAGCAACUCUUGAGCGCGCAGGCGCGGCAACCUUUCCCUAUGCCGAACUAUAGCAGAACACUCUUCGACCCAAGAGGUUUCUGUUAA